GAACCGAACUGCGGUGCGCGGGAGGUGUCAUGGCUGCCGGGUGCCUGGAAGAUCCAUCUCUGGAGAGACACUUCAAAGGCCACAGAGAUGCUGUCACUAGUGUGGACUUCAGUCUCAAUAAGAAACAACUGGCAAGUGGCUCGAUGGAUUCAUGCCUGAUGAUCUGGAGUAUGAAACCUCAGAUGAGAGCCUAUCGCUUUGUGGGCCACAAAGAUGCAGUGAUGUGUGUUCAGUUUUCACCCUCUGGUCACCUGGUGGCUUCAGGCUCUAGAGACAAAACAGUCCGUUUAUGGAUUCCCAGUGUACUUGGGGAUGUUCUGUGGUUUUGGACAGAAAGAAAACUUUCCUGAGAUGCAGCCUUUACUGUUUCUUGCCUUCUGGCAGAUAAAGGAUUAAAUAAAUCUAGGCAGCUCUCACCAUUUCUGAGAGAGGGAAUAUUUGCUGGAAGGUGUGUAGUAUUUUUAUUUUUUGACCUUUACAGAUUUAGUAGUCGUCAGCCUCAGUGUAAAGCCGGUUAAAUCCUUAUGGAGAAAGGAGCAAAUCACCCUGUCUUUCUAUUCUUCUGUCUGAGAAUAUGGAGCUCCUGGUAGUACAGUGCAUGAUGAUGUAUUUUUGGACCAAGAAUUCCAUAUACCUGUUGGAUCUCUAAAUCUGUUGCACUUUGGAUUUCUAAAAAUGCCUUGUGUUUAUUUGCGAGAAGAAUGCCUCUUGCAUUUAUUUGGAAAUGACGGGUAAAGAAGAAUAACAAUACCUUGUCUUUCGCCUGGCUGUGUUAAUGUAGCUGGCUCGAAGUUGUACAACAUCAGGUGUGCUGAAUUCAGUUGUGUUAUUUCUUGUGUGAUGCCACAAGGGAAUUUUCCAGCUGGAGCACGAGCAGUUAUGGGAACAGUUGUGAUGAGGUAAUCACUUGCUUGGCUCUGUCUGCAUGAACUGUGAAAACACCUCCCUCCUUGCCUGCUGUGCAGCAAGGGACCUGGUAACAGUGCAGGAUCUCAGCAUCUUCUAUAUCGAUGUUUCCAUAAAUGUUGUUUUAAAUGGCUGCACAAGUUAACAAUAACAUUUUUGCCCCUUUAUAAUUAAUAUGGGUAGUUUCCUGUUGGACUGAACCAGAACAACUGUUUUUAGCUACGUAUUCAUGUUCAAACUCAUGAAGCGUGAGUUUGUUUGGGGUUGAUCGACAGUUUCUUCCUAAUGUAAGAAGCACAUGUGUUUUCCACAGCGCUGCUCAGCAUACAGAAUCUUUGUGUUUUCAGGUACAGAAUGUCUUUGCUACCCUGUUGUGCGGUUUUAAAGUGCUGUUUCCUUCUGUAUAGCAAAGGAGAAUCUACUGUGUUCAAGGCUCAUACGGCAACUGUAAGAAGUGUUCAUUUCUCCAGCGAUGGCCAGUCCUUAGUUACAGCUUCUGAUGACAAAACAGUCAAAGUGUGGAUGGUUCACAGACAGAAGUUUUUAUUCUCACUAAGUCAACACAUAAACUGGGUUCGCUGUGCCAGAUUCUCUCCUGAUGGACGAUUGAUAGUAUCAGCCAGCGAUGAUAAAACUGUCAAACUGUGGGAUAAAACCAGCAGAGAAUGUAUCCACUCCUUCUGUGAGCAUGGGGGGUUUGUGAAUCAUGUGGACUUUCAUCCCAGUGGUACAUGCAUUGCUGCGGCUGGUACAGAUAACACAGUGAAGGUGUGGGACGUUAGGAUGAACAGGCUUCUUCAACAUUAUCAAGUGCACAGUGCUGUGGUAAACAGUCUUUCCUUUCACCCCUCUGGAAACUAUCUGGUUACUGCUUCCAAUGAUUCAACUCUUAAAAUUCUGGACUUGCUAGAAGGAAGACUUCUCUAUACUCUUCACGGGCACCAGGGACCAGCAACCUGUGUAGCAUUUUCAAGAACUGGAGACUUCUUUGCCUCUGGAGGUUCUGAUGAACAGGUGAUGGUGUGGAAGACUAACUUUGAUGCAGCAGAUUAUGGUGAUGUACUGAAAACACAGAAGUCUAGCACCGGUGUGGAGGAGACCCAUCGUGCUGUGCAGUCAGAAAUGGAUUGUGGUGUUCAUCUAAAGAAAACAAAAACUCAGGAUUCUGAUAGGAACCAUGUGCAGCAAGAGGAGGACACCAGCCUCGCGAAUACCUUGGAACAUAUUAUGGGACAGCUGGAUGUUCUGACUCAGACGGUUUCCAUCCUGGAGCAGAGGCUGACGCUCACUGAAGACAAGCUGAAGGAAUGUCUUGAGAAUCAGCAGAAAAUCAUUCAGAACAAAACGACCUGAUUUCCUGAGAGAAGACAGGAGCCGAAGGCAUUGGGAGGUUUGAGGUUGCUUGUGUUCCUAAGAGACUUUGUGUGUCUUUAACUAUUUUCAGCACAAUCUAUUUUUCAGUUGGAAUGUACAGUUAUUGUAUCUGUAUAUAAGCUUUGUUACUUUACUAAAAUAAAAGGAAUAUUUUAUUCGUAA